AUGAAUCGCCGCGCAUUGGAGGGGUACGAGAAGUUUUUUGGGCCAGACCACCCUGACACUUUGAUGGCGGUCAACACCCUGUCUCUGAUGCUGCGGGUACAAGGGAGGUACGCGGAAUCUGAGGCGAUGAACCGCCGCGCAUUGGAGGGGCACGAGAAAUGUUUUGGAUCGGACCAUCCUCAGACUUUGAGGGCUAUCAAUAACCUGGCUCUGAUCCUGCGGGAUCAAGGGAGAUACGAAGAAUCGGAG